CGUUUCAUCAACUCAACCGAUUCUGUCGAUCAUUCGUCGACACGAGCUACUAUCUUCUACCGUAGUAUACGCAAUAAUAUUUUAUUACAUUUUAUUAUAUCAUGCAAUCGACAGCAUCGUUAUCGUUUUUCUAAUAUUCUUAAAUUUCGUAGCCGAUACAAUAUUAAACACUUGUGUUUUGACAGUUGGCAUAUAAUAAAUGUAAAAUUGUUUUUGUACUUUCGUGGCACAAAAAUAAAAAAUACAAUAAAAAUAUUAUACAUUAGUGAGUUUAGUACAUACAUUACCACUAACACCGACGCAGCGACGGCGACAAACGAGCGGAGAGAAAGUUAUAAUAAUUAUAAUACAAAUAUUAUAAUAUUAAAAACCUGGAGAAAUAAUGAACAUCUUAGAAAUGUUGGCCGUUACAAAAACGGUUAUCGUCUUAGCGUUCCUGACGAUGGCUAAUUGCGGGAUCUUCCACGCCAUAGUUGAUGAACCAGUUUUAGGAUCAUGUUGUCCGCCCGUGUCCCGAAGGCAAAACUCCAUACCAGUACACUACGUGACGGGCACACACUACGAAGUCGGAUACAGCGUUGGGCGGACUUUUGGAUCAAUGAUUAAAGAAUAUGUACGCUCGUAUGAGCCGCUUCAGAGUGAGUUCUUACCAAUGUACGCUCAACCGGAAGGACGGCAGAUUUAUGAAGAAAGUUUAAAGUCCACACAAAAAUACUUUCCUCAGUAUGUGAUCGAGCUACAAGGCAUGGCUGAUGGAUCGGGAGUUCCGUUUCACGAGUUAUUUUUAAUGGCAUUAGAUGAUACGCUGCCAAAAAAUUUAAACGUUACAAGUAAAGACAAAGGACCGACAGGAUGUACUUCAUUAAUAAUUAAUCAGCCAAAUUCACAGUUGUUAGGGCACACAGAAGACGCGUUGUCUGAAACGGUUAAUAAUUAUUACAUCAUGGCUGCUCAUGUGGUGCCUGGCGAAUCCGAGCUGGGUGGCAGAUUCCCGGCCAGAGAAGAGAAGUUCAAAGCACUCACGUAUGCUGGACACUUACCGGGUUACGCUAGCGGUCAUAACCAUUAUGGACUGGUGUUCUCAAUUAACACAAUAUUCGUCAGUAAACCAUUGAGGGGAAAAAUUCCCCGAGAGUUCAUCACGAGAGCACUGUUGUCUUCGCGGGCCGACCUGGGUGAGAUCUUGGAUAUUUUGACCAACGAAGGCGUAGGCACGGCCGAUGGAUUCAACGUGAACUUUGGUUUUCUGCACGUACCCAAGGAAUCGCGUGUUUUUCACACAGUAGAAGUCACCCCAAAAGUCGAUUGUGACAAGUCAGAAGUUUACCUCGCAGACUUCGGUAUAGGAAACAACUCAAUACAUACCAACAGAUUACUCCAUCUGAAGUACCCAGAACUGGACGAAUCCGCUUACGGGAGCAGCGUGUCCAGGGAGAGCCGGUACAAGCAGAUAACGGCAAACAAGACCGCUGCGAGUUUUCAGGACAUGUUGGAAGUGCUAGGAAAUAGGGACGACAAACCGUGGCCGAUAUUUAGUGAUAAGUCUGACGCCAGAGUUAGCACAAUUAAUUUGGGUGUAUUUGACUUUAAUAAGAAAACUUGGACCAUGUGGUCCAAUGAUCCAAUCAACAACCCACCUCUAUUGCAGUUGUCACUAAUAUUCACGGACUUAAUCAACCCACUAAAAAACGAUCUAGUCAUUAAAGAAGUCGAAGUGGUCGAAAAUCUUUAUAUUGAGUAAUAAUUAGAUACAUUCAUUAAGAAUAUAUCACCAUAUAGUUAUAUUAUACCAGUAUGUAGUACCUAUACAUUAUAUUUAAUCGUUAAUAUUAAUUAUAAUAUUAUAUC